AUGGCAGGUAAUAACAUACAUUCUACAUUGAAAAACUCGAGGCGAAAUUCAAACCAGUCCAUGUCGUCAUCAAGGAAUACUAAACGACAGAGAUCUAGUAUUACAAAGACUAUAUCAAAUGGUUCCACAGGAUCCAUAGCCUCUUCAAACGAGGGAUGCAUCUAUCAGACUGUUCCAACCAAUUAUACGGACUGUGACAAGCGUGAUCUUUUAACCAUUAUAGCAAGGAUGUUAUCCGGUAUAGUUCGAACAAACGACUUUAGAACUUCUCUUGACUUGCAGUAUCUCAACAACGAGAACCUGACCCGGUUCCAUUCUAGAUCACCCCCGGAAAUUUCGAUUUUCAACUAUUUGUUAAGGCUGGCCCAUUAUUCGUCCUUGGAGAAUUGUGUUUUAAUAGUAACGGUUUAUUAUAUCGAUUUAUUAACACAGAAGUAUCCCUCCUUUGCACUCAAUUCUUUAACUGUGCAUCGGUUUCUGCUAACGGCAACUACUAUUGCAUCAAAGGCACUAUGCGACUCCUUUUGCUCAAACAGCCACUAUGCCAAGGUGGGUGGUGUGAACAUUCUAGAAUUGAAUCUAUUAGAAGUUGAAUUUUUAAAAUGUGUCAACUAUAGAGUUGUUCCUCGUGAUUUCAACUAUGACAGUUAUUGUGAACGUAAAAACUCUAGUGGAAAUGUCGACAUGAAUCUUAAGAAGUCCCUCCAAUAUGGUAUUUCUACAGCAGGUACAAUUCUAGAUCUCUAUUAUGAGAAGAUGGUUGGAUUGGUUGGUGGUGAAAGCAAUGAAGAUUUUGUCAAAGUGGGGAACAACGAUAACGUUAUAUAUACCUUUGUUGAUGAAACUUCCCAGAGUGUGUCUUCAUCUUCUAGUGAGGAAUAUGAGGAUUUUUAUGAAUAUGGAGACCUUGUCACUGCUUGUAAUGGAGAUAACAAUCUCAAUACCAAUGUCAAUCCCAAUAUUAAUGCUACUCCUCAAUCGGAGAGUUACCAUCCCGCCGCAAACUGUGCUACCGCGCCCUCGCUACCACAAAAUCCUCCAUCUCAUCGUCGGAGUCUCCCGCUAUUGCACAAGUUCUCCCCAUCAACCUCUCCAGCCAUUUUCCCCUCAGUGUGA